AUGAUGGAGAUUAAUUCACGUAAUGGAUUACGUAUCAUUGGUAUGCGUCAUAGUGAACGUUUAGAUCAUGUUUAUCCAAGUUGGUUUAAAGAUUUAAAAAAUUCUUCUGAUUAUGAAACAUUUGAUGCAAAUAUGCCAUUUGAAAUUCCAAAUAGAGAUAAUAUGUGUGAUUUUGAAGAAGAUACAGUAUUAACAUUAUUUGGUACCUUUCUUGCACAGUUAACAGGAAAAGGAUUAGGAUUAUGUGGAUCAACUCCAGAUUAUAUUUAUUGUUCUCCAGCACUUCGAUCUAUUCAAACUGCUAUUGGAGUACUAGAUGGUUCUGGAAGUGGAGCAAAAAUAAAAAUUGAACCAGGUUUAUUUGAAAAUUGUACUCUUUAUCAAAAUAAAAGAAUUCCAACAUUUAUGUCAUUAGAUGAACUUUCAAAUGCUGGGUUUACAGAUGUUGAUUAUGAAUAUAAACAUAAUUGGGAUUUAGAUGAUUUAUUUCCAAUUGAAAGGAAAGAAAAUGAUUAUAUUAAACGUUUCAAUGAAACAGUAUCAUUUAUUCAAAAAGAACAUUCUGGAGAGGAUGCAGUGAUAUUACUUGUUGGUCAUGCAUCAACAGUAGAUUUACUUUUAAAUUAUUACUAUGAAAGAGAAAAACCAUAUGAAGAAAAGUAUUUAUUAAAGAUAGGUGAAUAUAUUCCAUACUGUUCAACUAUUGGUUUUGAUCAACAAAAAACAAAUAAGAAAAAUUUUGUCAUAAAUACGAAUGCUUCAAUGCCUUAUACAAAAUAUAAUUUUACUACGCAAUAUGAUUAUAGUUUUGUUUAUCGUGACAUUAAAGAAUUACGACAUUUAAUUCCGUCUACCAAAUCAAAACAAUAUAAUUGA